GCAAGUGUCGCCGUGUUUUCGAUUUCUGUUUCAAUAUUUUUCUUUUCCGAGUGGUGCGCUAUUGACUAUUGUAACUUAUUUAUUAUGUAUUCAAUGUAAAUAAUAUUGUUCGUUUUUCCAGUCAACAAUUAUAUUAAAGUCCCUACGAUUUGCCAACCUAUUUGAAGUAUAACAUAAUUAUUAAACACUAAUCAAACGCCGCAAUGGGUCGUCGCAAAUCGAAAAGAAAGCCUCCAGCCAAACGAAAAGCAAUAGAACCUUUGGAUCAACAGUUUAACUGCCCUUUUUGUAAUCACGAAAAGUCGUGUGAAGUCAAAAUGGAUAGAGCAAGGAAUACAGCGCGUAUAGUAUGCCGGGUUUGUUUAGAAGAUUUUCAGACUACCACAAAUGUUUUAUCUGAGCCAAUAGAUGUUUACAAUGACUGGGUAGACGCUUGUGAAAGUGCAAAUUAGUUGUGUCCAAUUUAAUUGCAACUAUUUUUUUUAUUGUGUUAUGGAAUCUAUUCAUUACAACUAGAGAAGUUUUUUAAUCUGAUAUCAGGUUAUUAAAAUCCCCUUUUUUUACUAUACUACUUGUAAGUGCUGUCAAGAUGUUCUGAUGUUUUGUCUUAGUUGAGUUGUAUGUUUCAGUUUAUUGAUUAGGGCUUUUAAAUAAUUUGCUACUGUGGUUGUUAAUCCUCUUUAAUAUAGACCUUAACAGAAACCAAUUUUGAUUUUCUAAUAAGAUUAUUCCAUUGUGAACAAGGUAUUUGUUAAUGAAAAAAACCCAAAUAUGUAAUAACUAACUUAAAUUUCCCUUGUAGUUUAAAAUGUAUUCUCUACAUUACAAAUAUUAAAAAAAGGCAAAAUUGUUUUAAUAUAUUUUAUUUAACAGGAAAGAGCAAAGAUAAAUGAGCUAUGAUACAUCUUCAAUUCCAUCAAGUAAUUUAGACUAAAGUAUACAUCUUUGCUAUAAAUGAUUUAAAAUCUUCACAUUCAGAGAAAAAUAGUUGCUUUAUCCACACACUACAGAACAUCAAUUAUUGUGCUCGAAAAGCUGAUUUGACUAUGAAUAUAUCUAAUAUUUUAUUGUAUUCCAUUCAGUGACAAUUUGUUGGAAUGUAAACUUUAUAUACUAUGAUUAUUAAACACUUGAAU